AUGAGCUCCCAGGUAUUGAAACUCACCCCGAGUCAAUCGACGGUUUAUCUUUCGAAUAUUCCGUUUCAUUUAACAAAUAAUGAUAUUCACAAAUUAUUCGAUGAGUAUGGAAAAGUGGUCAAGGUCACAAUUGUCAAAGAUCGUGAGACUCGUCAGAAUAAAGGUGUAGCUUUUAUUCUAUUUCUUUCAUCUGACGAUGCUCUCCGCGCGAUAGACGCUUUCAAUGGCAAAGAGUUGUAUGGACGAACAUUGAAAUGUAGUUUAGCUAUCGAUAAUGGCCGUACAAGAGAAUUUCUCCGAAAACGCCAAUAUCCAGACAAAAGUAAAUGCUUCGAAUGUGGUGAGGCAGGCCAUUUGAGUUACGUAUGUCCAAAGAAUGCAUUGGGUGAUCGACAACCACCAGCGAAGAAACGAAAGAAAGUUAAAGCCAAAAUCCAAACUGAAUCAGACUCCAAUGCUAGUGACAACGAUGAUACAUUAGUCGCAAGCAUGACUACUCAGGAUAAUUAUAUUAAAUCGAUGACGACGACGACGGAUGUUACAGUACCUGCACGAAAACGUUAUUGUCAAUCCACGUAUUUCAGCGAUGAAGAAGAAGAAAUAGUUGAAUAA